AUGGCGCGAGUACCAGAGAUCACGGCUCUGCCGGGGGAGACGGGUCCCGCACCGGAAAUAACCAAGGAGUCGGAGAAGGGGACGGACGUGGAGGCGAGCGACAAGAGCAGCGUGGCGGCCGGCGACGUGCAAGAAGAUCUAGCUCCGCAGUACACCGACGAGCAGUACCUCAAGCUGAGGAGGAAGGCUGACAAAUACCUGCUCCCGCUGAUGUGGCUCUGCUACGGCAUCCAGCAGACCGACAAGACGUCCAUCGGGACGCAGGCCACUUUCGGCCUCGCAAAGGAUACCGGGCUCGUAGGCCAGCAGUAUUCGUGGCUGACGACCAUCUUCUACAUCACGUACAUGAUCUUCGAGUUCCCGUCCAACAUCAUCCUGCAGCGGUACCUGAUGGGCCGCACGCUCUCGUGCUACAUGAUCUGCUGGGGCUUCGUUGUCCUGUCCAUCGGCUUCGCGCAGAACUUCACCCACCUCAUCACCCUGCGCGCGCUCCAGGGUCUGUUCGAGUGCUGCAUCUCGCCGGGCUUCAUCCUCGUCGUUGGGAGCUGGUACACGACGCGCGAGCACGCCUCGCGCUCCCUCGUCUUCCAGAGCGCCAACGCCGGAUUCGGCGUCAUCGCGAACCUGAUCCUCUACGGCAUAGGGUCGCUGCAGUACUCGCGCGGCCCCGAGUUCCAGGCCUGGCGAUACAUGUCCUACUUCCUCGGGAGCCUGACGAUCAUCACCGGCUGCCUGUGCCUCUUCCUGCUGGGCACGCCGUCCGAGGUGCGCUGGCUGUCGCCCGAGGAGAAGAAGAUCGCGAACGCGCGCAUCAUGUCCAACAACACCGGGCACGAUCGCACCGGAAUCAAGAGGUGGAAGUGGGAGCAGGCGCGCGAAUGCCUGGUCGACCCUUGCUUCUGGUUUGCGGGCGUCAACGCGUUCCUCAGCUCCGUGCCCAACGGCGGGAUCACCACCUUUGGCUCUAUUAUCAACACGCAAUUCGGAUUCACCAACCUCCAGGUCAUCCUCCUCGACAUACCCCGCAACAUCACGUCGGUGCUGUGGUUCGUCCUCAUCGGUAUCAUAACGAGUAGGAGGAAGGAUCUCCGCAUGUACUUCAUGAUCGUGUCCGUGAUCCCGCCGGUGGCGGGGUUCGUGAUGAUGGCAACGCUGCCGAACGAGCCGCGGUACAAGUGGACCAAGUGGGCAGGCUACUACAUCACGGUGCCGUACGUCGUCGCGCUCUUCCUCGCCUGGACGCUGAUCCCCUCGAACGUCGCCGGCCGCACAAAGCGCACGCUGACCUCGUCUUUCACCUUCGUCGGGUACUGCGUCGGUAACAUGGUCGGGUCGCAGAUCUUCGUCGCGAAGGACGCCCCCCGCUACGUCCCGGGCACCGCCGGUUGCGCCGUGUGCUUUGCGCUGGAGCUGCUGCUGCUCAUCGUCUGGCGGCUCGUGCUCGUGCUGCGGAACCGCCGGCGCGACAAGCACCUGCGCGAGCAGGGCAUCACUGAGGAGGAGAGGAUCGAGCGGGGAAAGCAGCUAGGCGAGCAGGACUGUACCGACUUUGAAAAUCCUUACUUCCGUUACACCAUGUAA